AUGCCUUCGUUUGCCGUAGCCGGACGUGCGUCGUGCCUGGACAGUGGUCAUGGGACCACUGGCCCGGAAGUAGUGCCUAAGUUCGUCGGUGGCCUUCGUUUACCUUCUUUAUUUUUUCUCUUUUUUUUUUCGUUUGUUUUCUUUUCUUUUUUUGUCUUUCUUCUGUUGUCUAGGACCUUUCUUCCCUAUUCAAAUUACUUCUUUUUUUUCUUCAUAUAUCUUCAUAAUUUCCACACCCCUCCUUUUUCUACCUUUUUUGUUCGUCGGGCGUCUUCUUGUUUAAACUUAUUCCUUAUUAUUUUUCAUUCUUUUUCCUAUCUUUUCUUUCCUUUUUUCAUUUUCUUUUUCCUCGUUUCAUCUUCUCUUUCUUCCUUUUCCUUUGCCUCUUCCGUUUCCAUUUUUUCCUUCUCUUACCUCUUUCUUCAUCUCCCCCCUAUCUGCUUAUUUCUUUAUAUGUAUUCAUUUCUUUUCUUUUUAUUUCUUCUUUUUGUUCUUUCAUUUUUUCCCUUUAUUUUUCUUCAUCUAUUUUUUCCUUUUCGCAUGUUCCCCUCUUCCACUCAUUCUGUUUCUUAUUCUAUUUUAUUUUAUUUUUUUCUAUUUCUUCUUUAUCUUUUUCCCGCCUUUUUUCCUCUAUUUUUAAUUUUCUUUCGUUUCAUUUUUAAAUUUUCCUUUCACUUUUUACUAUUAUUUUUAAAUUUAAUUAUCUUUUCCAUCGAAUUUUUUCUCGGAUUUCAUCUUUUUCUUUCGUUUUCAUUCGCAUCAUUUUUCAUACCCCUUUUAAUUCAUCAUGACAAUUUUUUCUUUUCAUUCUGUCCCCCAUAUUUUAGUCUUCCUUUUAAAUUCUCUCUCCUCUCGAUUCAGUCUGUGUGUCUUUUAUCAAUCGUUCUUCUUUUCCCGCCGAUUCUACUGUCUUUUUCUUUUUGGGCCAUUCUUCAUAUUUCUCUUCUUCAACUCUCCAAAUAUUCUAUUUCCUCCUAUUGA